CAAAUUCAAUUUAUUUUUUCAUGUUAAGAAUAAUAAUCAACGCCGAACAAAUCAAAACAAUCCCAAAAUUAAUCGAGCACGAUAAUCAUUAAUUAGGAACUUGGGUGUUUAGCUGUCACAACAAGAGGCAAACUGAGCGCGCGUAGACGAAAUAUGGAGCGCAGAUGACAAAUCUCAACGGGAUCUUGUUAUCCGCCCUAACAAAAUGGGUCGUCACUUCGUGUUAUCAUCGCUCGAGUAUUUUAAUAUGAUGGUGACAAUUCUUUUAAUAUAGCUUGUCGCUAUUGACACGAGCUGUCUGCAGUCUUGAGACUCGUGAAACUAUGGGCGAUGAUAAGAGGCGAUACUCGGCUAACGGCUCGAAUUUGCGGAGGGUCAACAGUUCCGACUAUUCAUAUUAUCAUGGAAGCCCGAUACCUUUGACUCAGAUCUCUCAAACCUUCAUAACUCGAACAGGAUUCAAAUCUACACGUAAAAAUUAAGUCAUUUUAAUCUUAUACCUUGAUAACUCAAACAGACAAGGCUUCCCGUCAUUGUGUCUUCUCACGGAAUAUAGAAAAUAAUAAUUCUUGAUAAUGCGCACGGAAAGCGCAUUCACCUCUCAUAAGCGUAAGCUACAAAAUGUCACAGCACACGUAAAGGCACCCUGGCUCAAGAGUCUCUUCAUUUCUUCUCUCUGUUUAGUCGUUGUCGCCGCUUCGCGGCUUGUGAGUAGUGAAACUUGGAGCCUCUGGAACCAGGUUAACAUAAAGGUGACUAAAAAUGCCAACUUUCGAGAAUAUUCAAAUACGUAGUGCUUGUACUCAAAAGUCUAUACUGGAGAUGGGAAGGUAUCCACAACAGAGCUAUUUUCUGUUGUCUCUCGUCGUGCGAAAGCCACUACGACGCGCUGUUUGGUCACACUCUGUGUAUUGUUGUUGUCGGAUUAUCGCUCUCAGCUUGCGAAGGAAGUCACAACUCAUCAGCGAAACCUCCUCGGGACGCUACGGGCAAUUUGACGGAACGGCACCCGCUGAUUGCCGGAAGUUGCAAGCGAUGGGGAAAUAGAAAUGAUAUUGGACUGAGUAAUAUACUAGGGUGGAUGGUAAUAAAGAGACUGCAUGUAUUCGAGUUAUUAAAUCCACCAUGUUUUCUAACUUCACAAAACGUAAAGUCGACGUAGAAUCUGUCUGUUUUAUUUCUAUUAUCUAAGAUUGAUUCGCUCGGCAGUAUGACAACUUAGAAUGUCUCCCGCAGAUCUACAUUUUAUUACAUCGAGUGUCUUUUAGAAAGAUGACUCGAUAAUUAUAUUUUAGAAUGAAAUUCUUUGAGCAAAAAAGCGGUAUUUCUUGCGUCAUCAAACCCUGUUCGUGAGUAACGAUUUUUUUUCUGCACAAACGUUUUCCUCAGGUAAUGACGAUGGUAACUAUAUAACUAUUGCGUCUUUCCGGCAGUCUUGGCGCGUACUACCAAGGGCGACAGGAGGGGGUGUAAUUUGUACUUUGUGUACUUUUGUCGGUGAAAUUUUGCAGCUCCUGUUUGAUCCUCUCUUGUUUUUCUCUCUCUUACUCUCAUUACACCUCCUAGCUUAGUCCGUCCUUGCCACACAAAUAUACCUCUUGACAAUAGCGUCAAUACCCCAAUACAAGGUUUUACUAAGGCAAAAGACGCACAAUGUCAUUAUGUUAAAGCUAAAAAUACUGUUCCUAGGAAAUACCCCAUUACCAGCUCAGCCAGACAAUAAACGGCUCCAAAGUCAACAUCUCGCUCUCUUGUUAUUCCACGGUGCUAAACGCAUCGGCAGCUCUUUGUAAUCAAACCCCAAUGAUCACGAGAACAUAUCUACUAGCCCCGAGCUACACAGCGCGGCUCGCUCGCCCAACAACCCGACGAGUGAUGGAGUCGAUUAAUCUAAUUAUCACUCGUAAUUGACCUAAUCGGCGAGUGGGACUUGUGGAACGUCAUCAGUCAGCACAUCUGCUAGAGCGCUUUGCUGUAGUUUAGCCCAUCGGCACAGCGGUGCAGGCCACAUAACGGAAGAUCACACGAAGAGAGAGAGCGAGCUCAAUGUACAAUGCAAACCUUGGCAAGCUACAGUCCUACGCUCUCCUCGCGAGCGAAUGCCUUCUCUGUUGAUGCACUAAUCAAAAGUAGAGAGACUUUGGAUUCUGUGAGGCUCAAAAGAAAGCGGAGCCACCAAGAGGCUGAAGAAGAAACGAAUCUGACGAGCCGAUCUCUAGAUUCCUUACAAGCGAUGCAGAGCCGAGUACCACCCGCGAGCACCUUCGGCAGCGAGUCAGAUGGAAUUCGGGUCGAGUUACAAAUGCACGACUUGUGGCGAAGGUUUUACGAGCUUGGCACGGAGAUGAUAAUUACAAAGGCGGGAAGGCGCAUGUUUCCCGCCAUUCGCGUGAAGGUGUCUGGUUUGGAUCCCCAUGCGCACUACAUACUAGUGAUGGAUGUAAUACCGCUGGACGGCAAACGCUACAGAUACGCAUAUCAUAGUUCCAAGUGGGUGGUAGCGGGGAAUGCAGACGCUCCUAUGCCCGGGCGGGUCUAUAUUCACCCGGACUCUCCGGCUCUUGGGGAGGAAUGGAUGAGACAGAUCGUGUCAUUCGAUAAAGUCAAGUUGACCAAUAACGAGCUGGACCAACAAGGACAUAUAAUCCUCCACUCAAUGCACAAGUACCAGCCACGGAUUCACAUCAUCAGAAAGAAAGACACGAGCGAAGCCAGUAUUGACAUCGAUCGACCUUGCUCGGAGAGGAAAACCUUUACAUUUUCCGAAACCAUCUUUACCACCGUCACCGCCUACCAAAAUCAACAGAUCACUCGUCUAAAGAUCGACAGUAAUCCUUUUGCAAAAGGUUUCCGCGAUUCCGGCAGACUAAGGGAUCCCAUGGAGGAGAUCAUGCAUGCUUAUUCGUACUACAGACCCCCUGCACCGCCACAGCUUAUGUACCCUGACAUGAAGAGAGGAGAGAAAGGAAUCAAAGAGCAAGACCGGUACUCCCCACCAUCAGGGCCCCAAAUGCCCUUCCCGCCAUCCACCGCAAGCACUAGCAUUCCCCAGUCUCCUCCGUCCCCCGUCACCACAGUCUUCCAGCCAUACAAUAGUCAUCCGUGCCUUCCUGCUCUACCCUCGGGAACUAUUCUCCCUCCGCAGUAUCCCAUGGGGCCAUGCUGCCCACCGCCGCCACCGGAAGGCUACAAUGGCAUACCACGCGGCUAUCACGUGCCAGUGACGAGUUUCGCGCCAUAUGCAAAUGCUUUUCCUGGGAGGCAAACGAGCCCGCAUGCACUUGGACCCUCUAAUACGCACGCGCAUGGGUUACCGAUUCAUUCAGAGAUGUUCGCAAAUGGUUUCGGAUCAGCACAUGGACAUAGUGGAGGGACCGCUGGCCAGUCAGCAUGUAUUUGAACAUUUAUAAAAAUGUCCUCCUGCGCUACAUUUGAGGCCAAGGGGGUCAGGAUUGGGGGAGAGGCCAAGGGGGUCAGGAUUGGGGGAGAAGGGGGGUUUGGAACCUACAAAUGAAAUGAAGAUACUAUGAUGUACAUCAUGGUCUGUUGAUAAAAUCCAAUUGUGGACUUGCGCAACGAAAAGCAACUCAUUCAGCGCUUACGAAAGAAUCCAGAAUUCUUUUUACCAGAAAGAGCUUAGUUUCAUUUAAAGAUUUAAUUUUUUCGUCAUUCUCUGGUGAAACGGGCGCAAUCUUUUCUUAUUUUUUUAAUUUGCCACCCAAAAAGGUCGCGAUGUCUUAGCGCAAGUCCCCUAUUGUAGCUAUAAUUUCCACGUGUUUAAAUACAGUAUUAUUAACAAAUAUAAAGUAGUAAAGCCAAAUUUUUUUAACGUAAAAAAGCCUUUUAUAAUAUAUUCUAUCAAUUUUCAGCAUGCAUUUGUUGAUAUUGGAAUUAUCUAAGAUACUGUAGAGAUAUAAUUUGUAUAUAAUAAAGUUAUUUUGGUAAGGCAUGCUUUUGUGCUAAUUGCCAUAGAAAACAGUACAUUUUAAAGCACAAGGAAAACUCCUCUAGCUUAAGUAGUGAAAAACACAAAUGAAAGUCUUACCUGCA